CGCGGGGAAGGGGGCGGGUGGGGGGUGGGGGAUCUCAAGUCGCCCGCGGCCUGGAGCCUGGGAGAACCCAGAGCUGCGCCAGACGAUCCGUCUCGCCACAACUUGCCCUAGCGAGACACGUUGCAUCCUGCGCCCUGCAAGAAGGAGCCGGCCCGCCUCUUAGAGCUCUGCUGCUUCUCGGCCUCCGCGGGCCCUGCCCGCGCCAGCAGCGCCCUGCCCUGGGUCCCCUGUGUCGCCCCCGUCCGCCUGCAGCGCCCGGCCUCCGCCAGGAGCGCGCAGCUGGGGUACUGGGGGAUAUAUUGGUGAGCGAGAGAGACCACGGCCCUUGCUCCCGCAGACCCUGCAGCCCAGUGGAUGGAGCCCAGAGACCACAGACCUACCAGGAAAGAAAAAAGUUUUCCUGAUGGUUUGUCCAAGCCGGGACUCCCCCGUGGAUUGAGGAAAAUCUGGCUUUUCCUCAGUUUACUGAUCCCUGUGGUAACCACUGGUGGCCCCCAGAAGGCCCACAGAAUGAGAGGCCUGAGGUCUAUGCUGCUAGAAAUAUUUUAGCUUCUCCAGAAAACAGAAUGCAGCCCCCGGCCAAGUUUGUAAGGGCCCUGGGCGCACGCUGACCGCGCGGAGUGCCCUUUGCUCGGUUCGGACUUGGGCGCUGCCAUAGCAACGUCCUGGACGCCCAGACCUUAGGCCGCCGCCGCCGCCGCCGCCGGCCUCAUCCAGCUCCCGAGGGGUGUGGCGGCGGCGGCCUUCGAGGCGGACCCGACCGGUAGACUAGACCGCCCCGCUUCUCCGGUGCAAGCAGAGCAGUGGAUUGGCUUGCAAGCAUGCCCUUCCAGAAGCACGUCUACUACCCGCUCGGCGGCUGUCCGGAGGGCCCCGACGUCCCUGUGGCCGCCGGGGGCGCCUCAUCCAUGGCCUUUAUACCCCCCAGCGCGGCUUCGGGCCCCAUGCCCUUCUUCCAGUUCCGGCCGCGGCUGGAGAGCGUGGACUGGAGGCGGCUGAGCGCCAUCGACGUGGACAAGGUGGCGGGGGCAGUGGACGUGCUGACGCUGCAGGAGAACAUCAUGAACAUCACCUUCUGCAAGCUGGAGGAUGAGAAGUGCCCGCACUGCCAGUCUGGCGUGGACCCGGUGCUGCUGAAGCUCAUCCGCCUGGCGCAGCUCACCAUCGAGUACCUGCUGCACUCGCAGGAGUUCCUCACCUCACAGCUGCACGCCCUGGAGGAGCGACUGCACCUGAGCCACGGGGAGGGCGAGCAGUGCAAGAAGCUGAUCGCCAAGCAGGCUGGGGAGCUCAAGCUGCUCAAGGAGGAGUGCAGACGCAGGAAGAAGAUGAUCUCCACCCAGCAGCUGAUGAUCGAGGCCAAAGCCAGCUAUUACCAGUGCCAUUUCUGUGACAAGGCCUUUAUGAACCAAGCUUUCCUACAAAGUCACAUUCAGCGGCGCCACCCUGAAGAUUCUCACUUUGAGUAUAAGAAAAAGGCGCAGACUGACAAGCUCCAGAAUGAGAUCGACUUGCUGAAGGAGCAUCUGCAGCUCACCCAGUCCCAGUUAGAGGCAGCCCAGCACUCCCAUGCAGUCAGACUGUCCAAGGAAUAUGAAAUGCAGAAAACAAAAGAGGAAGACUUUCUGAAGUUAUUUGAUAGAUGGAAAGAGGAAGAAAAGGAGAAACUGGUUGAUGAAAUGGAAAAGGUCAAGGAGAUGUUCAUGAAGGAGUUUAAAGAAUUAACUUCUAAGAAUUCAGCUUUAGAAUAUCAACUGUCAGAAAUCCAGAAGUCCAAUAUGCAGAUCAAGUCCAACAUAGGCACACUGAAAGAUGCACACGAGUUUAAAGAAGACCGUUCGCCGUAUCCCCAGGAUUUCCAAAAUGUGAUGCAGCUUCUUGAUAAUCAGGAAAGCAAGUGGACAGCACGAGUUCAAGCUCUUCAACAGGAACACAAGAAAGAAAAAGAUCGGCUCCUGUCACAUAUAGAGAAACUGCGGACCUCAAUGAUAGAUGAUCUCAAUGCAAGUAAUGUUUUCUAUAAGAAGAGGAUAGAAGAGCUAGGGCAGAGACUCCAGGAGCAGAAUGAGCUCAUCAUAACUCAGAGACAGCAGAUUAAAGAGUUUACCAGUAAACCGUUAAACAGCGCCAGUGAACCCAAAGGGAAGGCUUUAGCCUGGCAAAGUUUUGACUCUAAGCCAACUGCCCCAGCUGUACCAAUGAACGCUCCAGCCCCACAGCCCUUGGAAGCUAAAUCAAGUCUCACAAUGGCACAUGAACAGGCAUUCUCAUCGCACAUACUAGAGCCAAUAGAAGAACUUUCAGAGGAAGAAAAAGGAAGGGAAAAUGAACAGAAAUUAACUAACAACAAAGUGAAUUUAAGGAAAGCUUUGAAGAGUAACCCCACCCUCACUAAGGAAAUAAGAACAAUCUUGGAACAGACCUUGGUGGAAAAACUAGAAACCUUGGGGAUUAAUGCGGAUAUACGUGGUAUUCCAAGUGAUCACUUUAAUAAGGUGCUGAGAAAUGUGGAAUUGGCCAGAUAUGAGCUAGAAAGACAAAUACCUAACAUUCAGCAAAUUCGAGAAUUCCUUGAACAUGAGGUCAGCUGUAAAAUUGAGAAAACAUUACUCUCUUCAGAUAAGUUCAAUGUUUCUCAAAUGGAUAACCUUUCGAAUGGAGAAGUACCCAAAGGGAUACAACUUCCUCCCAAAAGCAGACAGUUGAUUAGACAAAAAGCUGUUUUUACAGAUAAGACAUCUGUUCCAAAAAUUAAGAAAAAUUUCACAGAAGAUCAUUUUCCCAGAAAGUCUUCAGUUAUUACGACACCUCCCUUCAGUUCAGAAGAGGAGCUGGAGGACGACAACCUCGUCCAGACCUACAUGUGUCCAGACCUGCUUCCUGUGCCACCACCUCACAGCUUGGUAAAGAACAUCAUCAAGAGUGACAUGGAUUGGACCGAGGAAAGUGAAACAGAGGACUCGGAUGAUUCUCCCAAGCCCACCGGAACCUCUGUAAAGACACUAACUGAAAAAGUUGAAAAGACGGCUCUGCUUCACAGAAAUGUGAAUAAACCAGUUGGUGGGGUUAAUAUUGCUGAGGUCUUUGUCAAAAAAGAAGAAUCACAAGAAGAACUAAAGUGCGCAGACGUAGAUGACGACGACUGGGACAUAUCGUCCUUAGAGGAAGAAAAAUCUGUGGGGAAAAAAACUGGGAAAGAACAGAAGGAACCUCCACCACCUGUGAAGCAUGAGUCAAAUUUCAGUCAAGUGCCAAGUGCCUGGGGUGCAUUUGUCCCGAAGGUGCCAAAGGGAGAAGGACUUCAAGAUAAUGAAGUAAGCACAUUAAAAAGUAGCCUAGUAACUGUGACCGAUUGGAGUGACUCUUCAGAUGUAUAAUUAGAAUGACACACGUCAGAAGGUCUUCCGGAAGCCAACAGUAUUUCAGCAUCACGGUGCUUCAGUAACCUGCCUGCAGGGUUCCAAGGCUCCUGCCUUCCAGCGUUUGCCACAAUAAC